CCGUAUCAGUGUGAGGCCGGCUAUCAGCCGCCUAACAUCGAGGUCGGGGUUACGCUUGUAUACGUAACACGGCUGCCGCAGGCACCCACACACAUAUACUUGCGACACCCGUGCACGGAUUCUCGCGGAUUCUCUUGUCGUGGGCUAGGCGAGCAGAGGGAUCUGCGAACUGUUCACGCGGGGAAUCCUUUUCGGCUGUCAACGGGUGGGCAGCCUUUCUCAAUGCAGUAUGCGUCAUAAUCGAUAAGGGCAGAAGCGGGGCGCGUGUAUGGAAUCGUCUUAAAGGAAACGUCGCGCCCUUUGUCGAAAUGAAUGAAAGUCGCGAGAAAGGAACGGAGAGAAAGAGAGGGAGAGAAAGAGAAAGAGCGAUUGGGCGAGGUGAGUGCGAGGAUGUGUGAAAGGGAAGGAGAGUCAGGGAAGCAUAAGGAAUCGUAGGUGUCGAGGUUAAGGGAAACCGUGACUAAAGGACGACGAGGGGUGGGGGAUAAGACGAAGUUCGCGCGCGCGUGUGUCUCGUAACAGACAAAAAAAAAAAAGAAAAAAACAAUCACGGUACAACGACACACUAAACAUUGUGGACAUCGGGAUUGCUCGAUUCUUCGUAACGAGUCUCUUUUCAUUUGAUUGUCGCAGAGAAGGAUCAACGGUGCGCCAUACGUCGAAACGAACAACCGGUCCCCGGAAGAGUGGAGUGUGGACAACGUAGAAAGUAAAAAGUGUAGACAGGACGAUUUAAAAAGAAAGAGAAACAGAGAUAAAGAAAGAAAGGGAAAAAAAAUAAGAGAGAAAGAAAGAAAAAAGAACCUGAUGAUAUCUUCGUGGGUAAGAAAACUGCGUAACAUAAACGGGUCAUGCGAGUAAGCCGUAUUAUCGGUGUUUCGUGCUUCUAGGGGGAAGUAUCGAGAAGCGGUGAGUGCGGUAUCGAGAGUAAUUAAGCAGUCGCGGGAUUAUUCGGUAAUAAUGGCUGAUCGCGAUUGACUGAGGGAGACAGGGCAAGUGUGUGCGCGGUCACUGGUGUACAUUUGGUUUACAUUUAGCCGAAUAACGCGAUAGAACGACAGAACGGAAUAGAUAAAGAAAAAAGAGAGGGCAAACGAAAAUAGAUACAGAAUAAGGAGAGUGAGAGAGAGAGAGAGAAAGAGAGAGAGAAAGAGAGAAGUGAUUGUCGAAUAAACGGCGGGAUCAUAAUCGAAGAAAAUCAAAUGUCGUUAGCGGCCGUUACUAAAACCUGGAACGGAUAUAUCAUUAGGAACAGAGUGUCAAUCGAGUGAGAAACAGCGUAGAACGAAAUUCUUUGUGAUCGUGGCGAUCGCCACGUCGAUUCCCUUCCUCAUUUCUAUCGCAGAGGCAGAAGAGAGUCGAUGGGCUUGCGAGGAACACGGUUGGAUCGUGUCGAAGCGUGGCAGCGAGGAGCAACGGAGCACGACUCGAAGCGGGCAGAUGAUUUUCGAUCGAUCGACAGUCGCACGGCAUCGAGACUAUCGCGCCACCGAGUUUCGUUACGUGUAUAGGUUGCCAUGCCGUCGAACUACCGUCGGAGAUGCGCAUCGACGUUCAGUGACGACGAUACUUAGUUGAGCAUGUGUCAUUUUUGACAGGAUCGACAGGGAAGAACAACGGUUGCCACGACAUCUGAUGAUGUCCUUUCAAAUGAUGUUUGGAUACAUUCUCGACGGAGAAGGAGAGACGGGUGAUUAGUGAAAAGGAGAAGGAGAGAAAGAGAGAAAAAGAGAGAGAGAGAGAGAGAGAAAGAGAGAGAGAGAAAGAAAGAAAGAGAGAGAGAAAGAAAGAAAGAGAAGAAGACAGGUAGGAGACGAAGAAAAAAGUGUAAAGAGAAAAAAAGGAGACAGAGAUUCGGUGUUAGCAGAGGAGAAAAAGAAAGGAUGGCACUUCGGAAUUUGUGCUUGAUCAAACCGAAUGUGAAGAAUCGCGUUGUAAACGCGACAAAACGCAAGGAACGAAGCGAGGUGAGGAAGCACGCGACCGAAACAACCCGUUUCCCGCGACUCGUAGCCGUGUCUCGUUUCUGAGGGGCGUCCCAUCGACGUAGUUUUUAUGUGUCCUCGUCAGAACGGCAACGAGCGAGAGGAUUCGGCACAUUGCCCGUUGGUCGCACGUGCGCAUUGAUGGUCGACAGUAAAACUCCUUCCAAAGGCAGAUAGACGCGGAAUAAUCCUGUGCUUUUUCUCGUGACGAGUUUUUGUGUCAAACAGGUGAGAGAUACGGCCUUCACGCACAAGGCUGGCGAACGAAUCACGCGUAUUCCGUCCCAGAACGAAUAUUAAUAAAUAUAUAUAUCUAUAAAAAAUAUAUAUAUAUAAAACAGGAAAGAAAAAGAAACAAAGAGAGAAAGAAUUGAGUGUAUGUGGAGCCCUUCGAGAACGAGAAUUGUUCAAAUGGCCAACCAUCGUGUCCCAAAGAGAAUAAUCGGUGACUAGUCGUACCAAUCGUGUGCAACGUGGUGAGAGUGACAGAGAAAGGAGUAGAAAGAGAGGGCAUGCUCGGUAUACGAAGUGGUGUGAUCGUUUCUGAGCGAGCAACGGCAACAGCAGCAGCACAUGCUACGGUGAUCCGUAUCAAUUCGCGACUGUGAUUUCUAAGCUUAAGGUUAUAAACAAAAUAUUAAGAAAACAAAGAAGAGCAAGAGAGGAAGGAGAAGAGACGGAUGAAAUAUAUAAAUUAUUAAAAAAAAAGCAAGAUAGAGAAAUAUAAAAUCGUCCAUUGUGAUAUUAAGAUAUAUUAAAGGAAGAUUAGGUGAACAUGUGCGUUUAAGGAGAUGGGUGUGAAUGAAAGGGGGCGCGACACAGAGUGUGCCAGACUGAAAUGCGAGUGUAAUUAAUGGAAACAAUGGUCGAUCGCGGGGCAUGCGUCGGAUUUAUAAACUGUGAUACACUGAUAACUACACCGAAAAGAGCCUGAUGUUCAAUCUCUGACGUCGAAUCGCGUGUACCGACCUAUCUGGAAACAAAGUGGAAUGAAUCGCCGGUUUCGAAUCACGUUUUUGGCCACCUCGUGAUUCACUUCGUAGUCGAUCAGUUUCAAUCGGAAAUCACCGGCCACUGCAAUCCUCGAGAUCGAGAGCGGAAGCUCACGAUACCGCCAGUAUCUUCUCCAUUAUCGCGCUCAACGUUGAUGACGUGGAUCCUCGAGGAAGAGGCCUAGGCGUGACAGGGCCGGUAAGGAGCCGCGUGGUGGAGAGGUGAAAGGGGCACGUGGACAGGCGGCGAAAGAGAGGAGAAGAGAGCUUAGUGCAGCGUCGUCGAGGCAGUCACUAGGCAUCGUGUACCACCCCCUGGCCACGGGGGGUGGGACAGAAAGACCGUCAGCGUGGGUGCCGGUGCUGCAGGGGCGCGCCUGGCCCGUCGGCUCGCCCGCAGAUUAGCACGCCGAUUAGCGGCUAGCUCGGGCCCGUUUCGGCGUACCGGUCUGGCGACCUCGGGGGGCCUCACGUCGGCGGCGGUGGCCGUGGCGGCCACGGGGGAGCAAUCCGCUCCCCCAGCAGCUGCGCCACGCCAUACCACGCCGAACGGAAGCGCGAACGGAUCGACCUCGAGCUCGAAUCGCAAGAACAGAGCCAUGUCCAUGAGGAGUCUGCACCGGCGCGUCUCUCACCCUUGCCAUGGAAAUGAGAACCGACAUGCCGCGAAACACGAAAAGCGUCCGUCACAGAAGCUUGAAACCUCCUGGCCAUUUUCCUUGGAGGGCGAGGGUGGCGGCGGUGGCGGCCGUUCCGUGAUCAGCCCUGGUGGGGGUGGAGGAGGAGGUGGAGGUCGGCGGGCACCGAGUCUACGGCUGGUGAACGGAAGAGCGACUACGGGGGUCAGUUUGCACACCAGCAGCACAGAAUCCGUUCGUUCACCCCAUCACCACCUCGGCCAGCAACAGGGCGGCAAUAAUAACAAUAACAACAACAACAACAACCAUAACAACAACAAUAACUGCCACGCCGGUAAUAACCCCGCCGCGAACAAUCAUCCACGGCUUAACAAAGAUGACAGCAUCAAGAUCAGCAUCGAGAACACGAACACUUGCACGGACAGCCUCGUCACUGCUCUAGACGACGAGACAUUGCUCAUCACCGAUUUCGUGGCCGACACAGGCAACGAGAUGAAUUACAAGGGCAGCGGGAAGGUCCACUUCGGAGUGGACGAUGUGUCCCUCUACGGGACGCCGAAGGAGGAGCCGGGCCCGGGUCUACCGGGCCAGGAAGUCAAGCAGAGCUUCUUGAAGAAUCAGCUUCAGGCCCUGUUCCAACCUACGGACAACAAGCUGGCCAUGAAGUUGUUCGGGAGCAAAAAGGCUCUGAUGAAGGAACGAAUCAGGCAAAAGGCUGCAGGUCACUGGGUCAUCCAUCCUUGUUCCAGUUUUCGAUUCUACUGGGAUCUCUGCAUGCUCCUCCUGCUGGUAGCUAAUCUGAUAAUUCUGCCAGUCGCCAUUAGUUUUUUCAAUGACGACCUAAGCACUAGGUGGAUAGCCUUCAACUGCCUUUCUGACACGAUAUUCCUCAUAGACAUUGUCGUCAACUUCAGAACAGGUAUAAUGCAACAGGAUAACGCCGAACAAGUGAUCCUGGACCCAAAAUUAAUCGCAAAACACUACCUCAGGACUUGGUUCUUUCUCGACCUCAUUUCCUCCAUACCAUUAGACUACAUUUUCCUCAUAUUUAAUCAAUUUCAGGACUUUAGCGAGUCCUUCCAGAUCCUGCAUGCUGGCCGUGCUCUCAGGAUCCUCAGGCUUGCGAAACUGUUGUCGCUCGUUAGGUUACUACGGUUGUCAAGACUGGUGCGGUAUGUCUCGCAAUGGGAAGAGGUCUAUAUCCCCCUUUAUCAACAGCCGGAGAGGCACUACGAGCGUCGGGCGACACCGCCCCAACCAGACCGAACCAGCAAGAUAUUGCAGAACCUACAAAAAAAACGCACUGAGCGGAGGGGGCGCCUAAGCUCUGACAAUAUGAGUAAAAAGAAGUCCGGUUUCAGCAAAAGCGACCUUAUUUUUAAGUUCCUGAAUAUGGCGUCGGUGUUCAUGCGGAUUUUUAACCUGAUUUGCAUGAUGCUCCUAAUCGGCCACUGGAGUGGCUGCCUGCAAUUCCUGGUCCCAAUGCUCCAAGGGUUUCCUAGUAACUCGUGGGUCGCCAUCAAUGAAUUACAAGAUUCGUUUUGGCUGGAACAAUACUCGUGGGCACUUUUCAAAGCCAUGUCGCACAUGCUCUGCAUAGGAUACGGAAGGUUUCCACCGCAAUCCUUGACCGAUAUGUGGCUCACUAUGCUCAGUAUGAUCAGCGGUGCUACCUGUUAUGCACUUUUCCUCGGACACGCGACGAAUCUCAUACAGUCACUCGAUUCCUCCAGAAGACAAUACCGCGAGAAGGUGAAACAAGUAGAGGAAUACAUGGCCUAUCGAAAGUUACCAAGAGAGAUGAGACAGAGGAUCACGGAGUACUUCGAGCACCGCUACCAGGGAAAAUUCUUCGACGAGGAAUUGAUCCUUGGAGAGCUCUCGGAGAAAUUAAGAGAAGACGUGAUCAACUACAACUGCAGAUCGUUAGUCGCGUCCGUGCCAUUCUUUGCCAAUGCCGAUUCCAACUUUGUCUCGGAUGUCGUUACCAAAUUGAGAUACGAAGUCUUCCAGCCAGGUGAUAUCAUCAUCAAGGAGGGUACAAUCGGGUCUAAAAUGUACUUCAUACAAGAAGGCAUAGUCGAUAUCGUAAUGGCGAACGGCGAGGUCGCGACCUCGCUGUCCGAUGGCUCGUAUUUCGGCGAGAUCUGCCUGUUAACGAACGCGAGAAGAGUUGCCUCGGUCCGCGCCGAGACGUACUGCAAUCUCUUCAGCCUCUCGGUGGAUCACUUUAACGCCGUGCUGGACCAGUAUCCGUUAAUGCGCAGAACGAUGGAAAGCGUUGCCGCCGAGAGGUAUAAGCUUUGGUUAAACAAAAUCGGCAAGAAUCCAAAUCUGGUGGCCCAUCGCGAGGAGGAUCUCGGCAGCGAGUCGAAAACGAUAAACGCUGUGGUGAACGCGCUCGCGGAACAAGCUGCGCAUGCUAGCGCCAGUGAGGAAUCGGUACACAGCAUGGAGUUGAGGACCCUUCCUUGCCUGUUGCCCAGACCGAAGUCUGAAAACAAUUUUGCGAGUCAGGAACUCUCUCGAGAGGGACGACGAAUCUUCCACAAGAGCGAUACUUUCCACAAGGACUCGUAUCAAUGACGACACUCGUUAUACUAGCAUACAGAGAGAUACUAACGGCUCCAUGAGCGACAAUGGCUGCGUCCAGUGUCGAUCGAAUCAUUGGCGGCAGUUUUAAGCCUAGAUCCUGGACGCUACACUAGAAGCAGUCUAUACAUAGAUAUUCGCUAUGCCAGUAGUCCUCUAGCGAUCGAUUUCUAGCGCCUUCUUAUAUUAACCUGACGGCACGUUCCAAUUGUCCAGGAUCUAUGCGUAAAAUCGUGCGGACCAAAAAAAAAACAUCAACGUUCUCCAACGAUGGCACAGCAUACGAUAAAUGUAAUAAAAUCUUCGUUUCGGCGUAAUCUUGUUUUUUCUCAUCCGUGAGACGUUCAACACGUUGACAGCAAUAAACGAAACAACCGACAAACGAAGAAGAGAAACAUUAUCGAGGAGGAAUAAUAUGAUCGAAAUAAAUUUUCAUAAACUUAUGGAAUGUGUCAAGUUCGAUACGGGAAGAGGAAGAAAAUAAGAGAAGAAAUAGACUUCGCUGUGACAUCGAAUGGAGAACAGGGAGCCGUUAUUCCUGCCACGAGUCUUCUUCAUCGACGUAGGCGUCGCGAUUAUGGCGAAGAAAAAAACGACGACCGAGGAUGAAGAUCUCAAACGACGAAGAGCAGGCCUAGAAAUUUAUAAAAUCUACGUAGCCCAUCGUGGACUAAAUAGGAUAUCUUAAAACGACAGUGUUAAGCGAUGCGUAAUUUCUCUGUGAUUUUGCAAAAAGCCAUACGUCUCGCAUUUUAAAGAGAAGGAAAAUAAGAGAAAGAGAGCAUAAUCUAUACGCGAACGAUAUUAGGAUUUUAUUUUUGUUUUUUUUUUUAAAGAUAAUUAACCGAUAUUAACAGAGAAGAAGGAAGAAACUCGUGAAACGAGGGAUAUUCCAGUUAUAAGUUUGUUAACGUGUUUUAACUUUAGCUUCGUAUCGUUGAAUAAUCCUGUGCGAAUAGUCGAAUGAAAGGAGGAAGAAUAAGAGAGAAGAGCUUGGCGAUAUCCCGAAAGUUGGCAAUCGAAAGAGAUAAAUAAAAAAAUAAGAAGAUAAGAGAAGAAGAAAAAAGAAGAAGAAAGAAAAUGUUUCGUUUAAGCUAAGAUCCUCGAGAUCGAUGGAACACGCCAGCAGUAAUUCGGAACUCGUUUCUUCGAGUUUAUGAUAUAUCUUCAAUAAAUAUCGUUUUAUUUUAUUGAAACAAAAAAAAAAAAUAAAAUGUCUCGAAUUGAUUCGAUGAGGAAAUAAUGGAUAAACAAUAUCGAAUUGAUUUAUAUUCAAAUCGAAGUUUUAAAAGACCGUCCUGAGACGUAAACGAAAGAAAGAGAAAGAAAAAGAAUUCAACGCUACAGGAACGGAGAAAUAUAAAAGAUAUACGAAAAAUCUUUUAGGAUAGGAAACAAAAGGAAUCGGAAGAAGUUUAAAUCGUUCUACAAACAAACAAACAAAUAAAAAAAAAAAGAAAAUUAAUAUUAUAAAAAAAUCGAAGGCCCAAAGACCGUGUUAACUUGUUGAGUGUUCUUUGGGCUAUAAUGGCUAAUAUUAAGAAAAAAAUAAAAACGUCAAUGAAUGAGAAAUAUUACAAUUAAGUGGAACGCGAGAGAGAGCGAACGAGAAAGAGAUAAAUAUACCUUUUUAUUCAGGCAAAAGACAUGCGAUGUACUAUAAGAAGCGAACAUAAAAGGAGAAUUAAAUUAGAAGAAAGAGAGAAAGCUAUAAAUAUUAUGUAAUAAAUUAUUAUUGUUACCGAUUAUCAUUGCAAUGAUUAUUACAUCCACUACCGCAUAAAUGAAAAUAAAGAAACACUAGGCAGAUUAAAUAAAAACAAAAAAAACUAAAACGUAAAUGAGAGAACAGAUAACAUUAUAUUAUAUAUAUAUACAUAUAUACAUAUACAUAAAUAUACAUAUAAAGUAUGCAUAGUGGUCAAUACCGUGUUGCAGAUAUUAUGUAACGUUUUAAACUGUAAAACGCAAGGAAAGGUUAAACACCGACAACAUCGAUAUACAUUUACGGACUGUCUCAAAUAUAGUGACGAUUUUUUAAUAAAAUAUUGCUUCUCUGAUUAAUUUCAUAAUUAGUUGAAUAUUUUCCAGACGACAAGAAAAAAAAUAAAAAGACGAAAUAUUAAAUUAGAAUUAAGAUCGAUAUUAUUGAAUUAUAUUAUUUUUGUAGCUAUUGACACGUAUAUUUUAGCGAUGUUAUUCUUUACGCUUCUUGAAAGUUUAACGCGACUGUUGAAUUUGUCUGAUAUUAACACAUAUUUGUAGCGGAAGAAAGAAUGCUCGAUUUCGAGGGAAUAUUUUCCGGGUCAGUGGCUCCUGACUCGAAUUUUAUCGUGCAUUCUCUUUUAAAUCUUAGAAUAAAUAAAAUAUUCUUUAUUUCUUU